GGAAAUGCACAAGACCUGUACGCCAUCCAGGAGGCGAUCAAACGUGCUCGUACAAUGGACGAAGUGGAUCGUCUGCAUCAGUUGCUGAGCAGUGGACAGUUUGCCGGAUUCGCAGUCCAGUGGCAACAACAGCUACGUCUCCAGCAACAGCAAAAUCAACAACAACGGCAGCAGGAACAGCAACAACAACUUUUGCAGCAACAACAAUCGCAACCGGAGCAACAAGCAGAAGAAGCACAACCGGUCGAGGAAAAUCAGCCUCGAUAUGGUCGGGUAUCGAUGUCUCGGGUUAUGGCUGGUCACCUAUACCACCAGGUGUCUCAAAUAGCCAAUUCUGCUGAAGAAGCCCUACUCACUGCAUUCCCGUAG